UGCAAAUAGCUUUAUUUUGAAAAUAACUUUAUUAUUUAUUUACAUUCGAUUCCGUUGUGGUUGGUCACGAGAAGGUGAAUUAUAUAUUAGCAAAAUGAUAACACAGCGUUUAUUGAUCAGAUCUAUUGGAAAGACCAAACUAUUAAGUACAUACAGAAAUUUCUCCGAGCACAACAUACGGAAAUUGUCAUCAGCAGUAGAAAAAGGAAACAGUGAUGCAACCCUUCAAAUCAUACCGGCCUACCUCACCUUCCACGGUCAAUGGCCAAUACAGGAUCAGUGCCAGUUUAUCGCCGACAUGACCGUGGUUCCGGGUUUUAUCAGCGAGACCGAAGAACGAUCUUUAUUGGAGGAAAUCGAACCCUAUUUGAAACGGAUGCGAUACGAGUUUGAUCACUGGGACGACGCAAUCCACGGAUAUCGCGAAACGGAACGAAAACACUGGUAUCCCGCCAACCGGGAGGUUUUCGAUCGGGUGAAAGCAAUGGCUUUCCAGGGAGAAACUUUGCCUUACAUCCAUGUGUUAGAUCUGUCCAAAGAAGGUGUCAUAAAGCCCCAUGUGGAUAGCGUUAGAUACUGCGGAACCACAAUCGCAGGCAUAAGCCUGCUUUCGGACUCAGUUAUGAGAUUGGUGAGAACCAACGAUGAGGAACAAACUAAUGCGGACUACCGGCAAACUUUUGACACAAAUCGUGAUGAUAAGUAUUGGUCGGAUGUUUUUCUUGCAAGAAGAUCCCUUUACGUAAUGAAAGACACGGCGAGAUACAAGUUUACCCACGAGAUCCUGGCCGGUGCUGAUUCGAUUUUCAAAGAAAAAAGCGUGGAAAAGAGACGGCGAGUAUCGAUUAUAUGCAGGAACGAGCCUUAGUAAAUAAUUUAAUAACGAAGAACUGUAAAUAAAAUGUAUAG